AAUUUUCCUUUCAGAUAUUCGUAUCCAUUGGUGUUAUCUAAAGCGGUAUACAUCAAACUUGUCAGGUCCGGUUGAAAGUAUACAAUUUUAAUAAAAAUGGCUGGAAAAUACAGAAUUGUUAUGGUUCGCCAUGGUGAAUCAGAAUGGAACCAAAAGAACCAAUUUUGCGGUUGGUUUGAUUCGGCUUUAAGUGAUAAGGGUAAAGCUGAAGCACAAGCUGCCGGAAAAGCCGUAAAAGAAGCUGGCUUGAAAUUCGAUGUUGCACAUACAUCGGUAUUGAAUCGUGCUAUCAUCACUUUGGAAACUAUUCUGAAAGAAAGCGGCCAAUCAGAUAUUCCAGUUAACAAGUCAUGGCGUUUAAAUGAGCGUCACUACGGUGGACUAACUGGCUUGAACAAGGCUGAGACUGCUGCCAAAUACGGUGAGGAGCAGGUCAAAAUCUGGCGCCGCAGCUUUGAUACACCACCACCACCAAUGGAAGCAGACCACCCAUACUAUGAUGUCAUUGUUAAGGAUCCACGCUAUGCUAAUGGUCCAUCCCAGGAAGAAUUCCCCAAAUUCGAAUCUCUUAAAUUAACCAUCCAACGUACACUGCCCUACUGGAAUGAUGUUAUCAUCCCACAAUUGAAGGAAGGCAAGCAAAUCAUCAUUGCUGCGCACGGUAACAGUCUGCGUGGUAUUGUUAAGCAUUUGGAUAAUCUUUCUGAGGAUCAGAUUAUGGCAUUGAAUUUGCCCACUGGCAUUCCAUUCGUUUACGAAUUGGAUGAGAACUUCAAACCCGUUGUUUCCAUGAAAUUCCUUGGUGACGAAGAAACUGUACGAAAAGCCAUUGAGGCUGUUGCCGCCCAAGGCAAAGCCAAGUAAAGCACAUAAAAGUCAUAAUUAUAAACAUACAUGAGACAUUAAUCAGUUGGGAUUAUAUAAAAUACGGACAUCCAUAAUAGCACAAGUCAACACAACGGCUAUUAGAAAUAGUAGUAUUUCCGUAAGAAUGAAAAAUUAUUGUUGUUGUGGAUAAUUGAUAUUUAAACAUUAAUAAAUUAUUGUUAAACAUUA